AUGCCUCCUUCAAAAAACCUAACUACACAACAAAAAAUCCAAAUCAUGCAAAAGCUACAAUCUGCAUUAAAUAAGAAGGACAAACCAGUGCUAGGCACAAUCAAUGCACUUGUCACUGAGUUUCAAGUGUGUAGGAAAGCAAUCACACAUUUGUGGAAUGAAGUGAAGAAGCAAAUAAGAAAUAACAACACAGUUAACCUCAACAUACAGCAGGAGAUUGCUAAGCAGAUGGGGGUGUCACAAACCACAGUAUGUAGGUGGAAGAAGAGCAAAGUCAUAAGAAAGCACACAAACUCUAUCAAACCAACUUUGAAUGAAAAUAACAAGCUACACAAGUUAAGUUUUGCAUUAUCUAAAUGUGAAUAUGAUGAACAUAAUGAUGCAUUCAAGUUUAAGCCAUAUACUAACGUUGUUCACAUAGAUGAAAAACAUUUCUAUCUAACCCAGGAGACACAAACUUAUUAUCAAGCUCCGGGUGAAGUAGAACCACACAGAGAGUGUCAAUCUAAGAGGUUCAUUCCCAAAAUCAUGUUUAUGUGUGUUGUUGCAAAGCCAAUGUUUACAACUAAUGGUGAUGAGCCAGCAAAAAGAAGCUCCAAGAACAGGAAAAGGGGGGAGUUGGAAACAAAACCAAUACAAUCAAUCACGAAAGAGCACAUUAGAGCAAUGCCUUUAACUAAUGUACUACCAACCAUAAUAGCAAAAUGGCCUCAAGGAUUUUCAAAGCAUAUUUACAUUCAACAAGAUAAUGCCAAGCCACAUAUAGCACAUAAUGACAGAGAAUUUUUAGAAGAGGCAAUGAAAGAUGGGUUUUACAUACAACUAGUGCAACAACCACCAAAUUCCCCUAACAUGAAUGUACUAGAUCUAGGUUUUUUUAGAUCCAUUCAAGCUUUGCAAUAUCAAAAAGCUGCUUACAAUGUAACACAGUUACUUAGGGUUGUGAAUAAUGCUUUUGAGAAUCUAAGUCCACAAUGUUUAAGGUUUGUAUUCAUCACAUUACAAGCAUGUAUGAUAAAGGUGAUGAAAAGACUAGGGGGAUUCGACUAUCACAUUCCUCACAUGAACAAAACAAAAGCAAUAAGGGAAGACACUUUACCAAAUUACCUCAAUAUUGACAAACAAUUGGUUGUUGAUUCACUUCAACAUUUAUUCACAAAGAUAAGUUCACAAACAAUGAAUCAGUUAGUGGAACUGAUUGGCUAUGCAGGGGACAUUCAAUAA